AUGAAAGAAUUGGGAGCAUUUUUGGGAAAGGGUCGGACUAUUAGGGAAACGGUGGUGCUGGCGGCGGAGGCGGGCGCGUACCUGCCCGUGCGCCGGCCGCUGGACGACGGCGACUGGCCAGGCGACUGGGACGCGCGCGCGCCGCUGGGCCUCUCCACGCACGGCUGGCGGCCCAACACCACGCGCGUGCAGCGUGAGUACACAUCGCCUUCUCCUCCCCAGGGGCAAAGGGAUAUCGAAGCUGAGUGCCAAGACGACUAUAUGAAGAUUCGCAUCGGGUUCAACGGAUCCUUCCAUGGACUCCUCUACUCCUCAGGGUACGCCUACGACCCCGACUGCGUGUACGUGAACGGCUCGGGGCGCGACUACUACGAGUUCUACAUCCAGCUGAACCGCUGCGGGACGCUGGGCCGCAACGCGCUGCAGGAGGGCCGCUCCGCGCCCUCGGUGAGCGCAACAAAAAACUUCAUGUGGAACACGGUCACGGUGCAGUACAACCCGCUCAUCGAGGAGGACUGGGACGAGCACUUCAAGGUGACGUGCGAGUACGGCUACGACUUCUGGAAGACCGUCACCUUCCCGUUCCUCGACGUGGAGGUGGCGACGGGCAACCCGGUGGUGUUCACGCUGUCGCCGCCCGAGUGCUACAUGGAGAUCCGGCACGGCUACGGCACGGCGGGCCAGCGAGUGGCCGGGCCCGUGCGCGUGGGCGACCCGCUCACCCUGCUCAUCUACAUGCGCUCGCGCUACGACGGCUUCGACCUCGUGGUGAGCGACUGCGUGGCCCACAACGGCGCCGCCAAGCGCAUCCAGCUCAUCGACCAGUACGGGUGCCCCGUGGACGACAAGCUCAUCUCGCGCUUCCGAGGCUCGUGGUCGGAGGGCGGCGUCUUCGAGACGCAGGUGUUCGCCUACCUCAAGACGUUCCGCUUCACCGGCUCGCCCGCGCUCUACAUCGAGUGCGACGUGCGGAUGUGCCACGGCCGCUGCCCG